GUUCCGGGAAGGCGCCCACCAUUCUUCAGUAUAAAGAAAGAGCCAGAACGAUGCAGUCAAGAAUAUAACCUUCGUGUUCGUUUCUAUCUAUUACUACAAGCCGACUCCGAUUAAGUCUGAGGCCGGUAACAUCAACAGUGAGGACAAACCCAGCCUGCCUCUCUCCUUCCACACUGGGUCCAAACCUACAGUCACUGGGUCCUGAUUGUGACAGUGGAGCCCAGUUUGCACUGCAGGAUCCAGAGAUGGCAUCAGUGAAGCUGGAAGACUGCAGUCAAACACUGGAGCUGAAUGUCAACAUUAAAGAUGAAGAAGAGGAGGAGAAGAUUGGGAAAUCUCUUUCUCAUGGACGACUCAGAUUAAGUCUGAGGCCGGUAACAUCAACAGUGAGGACAAACCCAGCCUGCCUCUCUCCUUCCACACGGAGUCCAAACCUACAGUCACUGGGUCCUGAUUGUGAAAGUGGAGCCCAGUUUGCACUGCAUGAUCCAGAGAUGGCAUCAGUGAAGCUGGAAGACUGCAGUCAAACACUGGAGCUGAAUGUCAACAUUAAAGAUGAAGAGGUGGAGGAGAAGAUUGGGAAAUCUGUUUCUCAUGGAAACCAUGUUGAGACAUUCUCUACAUCGAGAGAGCAACAGCAGGAAGAUCACAGAGCUAAGAGGUCUCACCACUGCCCACAUUGUGAGGAGAUUUUCCCAAUUCUAUCAAAGUUAAAAAUACACCUAAAAAUACAUGCAGGAGAGAAUCUGUAUUUCUGCACUGACGGUGGGAAGAAUUUCACAACAUCAAAGGCAGUUCAACAGAGAGCGCACACAGGAGAGAAGCCUUACUCCUGCUCUGACUGUGGAAAGAGUUUCACUCGACUGGGCGACCUAAAAAUACAUGAACGUAUACAUACAGGAGAGAAGCCUUACUCCUGCUCUAAUUGUGUAAAAUGCUUCACAACAUCAGGUGAGCUAAAAGUUCAUCAGAGAACACACACAGGAGAGAAGCCUUACUUCUGCUCUAACUGUAGGGCGAGUUUCUCUCAACUGGGAAACUUAAAACAACAUGAACGUAUACACACAGGAGAGAAGCCUUACUCCUGCUCUGACUGUGGAAAAUGCUUCACAACAUCAGGUGAGCUAAAAGUUCAUCAGAGAACACACACAGGAGACAAGCCUUACUUCUGCUCUGACUGUAGGGCGAGUUUCUCUCAACUGGGAAACUUAAAACAACAUGAACGUAUACACACAGGAGAGAAGCCUUAUUCCUGCUCUGACUGUGGAAAUAGUUUCUCUCGACUGGGCCACUUUAAAACACAUGAACAUAUACAUACAGGCGAGAAGCCUUACUCCUGCUCUGACUGUGGAAAGAGUUUCUCUCGACGGGGCGACCUAAAAAUACAUGAACGUAUACAUACAGGAGAGAAGCCUUACUCCUGCUCUAAUUGUGUAAAAUGCUUCACAACAUCAGGUGAGCUAAAAGUUCAUCGGAGAACACACACAGGAGAGAAGCCAUACUCCUGCUCUGACUGUAGGGCGAGUUUCUGUCAACUGAGCCACCUAAAACAGCAUGAACGUAUACACACAGGAGAGAAGCCUUACUCCUGCUCUGACUGUAGGAAGAGUUUCUCUCAAUCGAGCCACCUAAAACAACAUGAACGUAUACACACGGGAGAAAAGUCUUACUCCUGCUCUGACUGCGGAAAAUGCUUCACAACAUCAUCUGAGCUAAAAGUUCAUCAGAGAACACACACAGGAGAGAAGCCUUACUUCUGCUCUGACUGUAGGGCGAGUUUCUCUCAACUUGGAAACUUAAAACAACAUGAACGUAUACACACAGGAGAGAAGCCUUACUCCUGCUCUGACUGUGGGGCGAAUUUCUCUCAACCGUGCAACCUAAAAAAUCAUGAACGUAUACACACAGGAGAGAAGCCUUAUUCCUGCUCUGACUGUAGGAAGAGUUUCUCUCAAAUGGGCCACUUAAAAAGACACCAAGGUAUACAUAAAGGAGAGUAGCCUUACUACUGCUCUGACUGUGGAAAAUGUUUUAAAUCAUCAGCUGAGCUAAACGGUCAUCGGAGAACAGUCACAGGAGAGAGGCUUUUCUUCUGCUCUUACUGGGGCAAGAGUUUCUCCCGUUUGGGCAAUGUAAAAACCCACCAACGGCUACACACUUGAGAGAAGCCUCAUCUGUUCUCUCAGACCAGCUGAGAUUAGUCACUCCACUUAAUUCUUAUCUCAUAAAAUAAUUGGCAACGUUGAAUUGAACAAUGCAGAGAACAGGGAGCAUUAUAGAAUGUUAGCCUCCCUUUACUGAUCAGUGUGCAUCUUGUCAGUUUUGCUGUGUUUUUUUAGUUUCUACUGUUUUUCUUCACAUUUUCAAACAGCCAUUUCAAUUUUACAACUGGGCUAUACAUGUGGGUGAGGUUUUUUCUCGCCUGAGUAGCCUCGUUUCACUGCCAAAAAUACUAGUGUUGCGAAAUAACAACACAAUGUCAAAUACAGGUAGCCUAGUCAAGUAAUUAACAUCCAAUCACGUUAACCAUUACUCUCUUGCAGGAAUUCCUCUAACGGUCCGUAUGUAGCCAAACGUAGCUGCCACUCAUUCCUUUUGCUCGAAAAUUGAUUAAUGGUUAAAAAAAGUAAGGCCCGCAUCCAUAGAGACACAUACCAGCUCUGCUGGUAGUACUGCUACUACCAGCAGUACUACACCUGCUUCCAUGAGCACAUCCAAUGCUAGCAUCAGUAAUUCUCCAUUUGUUGUUUGCCCAGCUAGCAUGGACACUGACAGUUGUGAAUCUGAUGCAGCCGAAGAGCUACUGCCCCUUUAUCCGGGAAAGCACCGAAC